CGUGUUGUAUCACCUCUCAUCCUCUUCAUCUUCUUCCAGUCUGAAAAAAAAACCCUGGUAAAACCCCCAAUUUCAGAAAUUCCAUGCUCAAUUGAUCUCCAAGCUCAACAACAAUGGCGAUCUUCAGAUCCCUUCAGAAGAUCAUCAAAAACCCUAAUCUCAAAAUCAUCUCCAACAUCAAAACCCACCCACCAUUUUUCCGAAACCCAUUUCUCUUUCCUCCACAAACUCACUCUCGCUCCUCUGACAUCUUCCUCUCCUCCUCAUUCCCUCUCUUCCGUGGCCCACUCUUCCAUGGCCCACUCUUCCUAUCUUCUCCUCCAUGGAUGCUCUCUCAAUCUGCCACCCCUCUUCUUGUUCGAAGCGACGUCGUCUUGCCUCGUAGCUUGAAGCUCCUCCAGAAUGCUAAAUUAGGGUUUCCGAUCAAGUUAGGGUUUGUUAAGCCGUUGUCGGAUGUGAGGAUUGACAAAAUUGAUGCUAAGGUCGAUAAUAAGGGCAAUGAAUUGGUUAAUAGUAUCGUCAAUUUGCCUAAUUUCGUCUCGUUUUCUCGAAUGCUUUCGGGUCCUUUGCUCGGUUGGAUGAUUGUAAAUGAAUGGUAUCUUCCAGCAUUUGCGGGAUUAGCCAUUUCUGGUGCUACAGAUUGGCUGGAUGGAUUCCUCGCCAGAAAGAUGGGCAUUAAUUCUGUAGUCGGUUCCUAUUUAGAUCCUCUUGCAGAUAAGGUUCUAGUUGGAUGUGUUGCUGUAGCAAUGGUAGAGAAAGGUCUUCUACACCCUGGACUUGUGAGCCUGGUGGUGCUACGGGAUGUGAUGCUUGUUGGUGGUGCUAUAUACAAAAGAGGCAGCAGUUUAAGUUGGCAGUGGAAGAGCUGGUAUGACUUCUUCAACCUUGACGGAACUCGUCCGGAAAAGGUCGAGCCUUUGUUUAUCAGCAAGGUAAAUACAGUUUUCCAACUCAUCUUAGUCGCUGGUGCCUUGCUGCAGCCUGAACUCGGAAAUCCCGAGACUCAGGCAUACGUCACAUAUCUGAGUUGGCUGGUGGCUUCUACAACGGUGGGUUCUACUGCAGCAUAUGGAGUGCAGCACUUGAGGAACAGAACCAUUUCUACUGUACGGAGUCGUUGAGGUGGAAAGUUUCAAGCUACUCCACUGAUUAGUUUAUGAAUGGCUGCGUUUGAUGGAAACACUGUGCAAAACCGACCCGAAACCAACCCGAAAAAGCUGAGAAGGUCAGCCCGUUAACGUAUCAGACUGUGUUCUCUGCAUUCGCGCUUGAAAUUUGACUCGGAGGUUGCACUCUUUUUCAAGUUUCACAUAAGAUGUAAAGAGAGGACUGGAUCAUUUUUGAGUUCCUGAAAGGUGUGAAGAUGAGAUGUAACAAGAAAGGGCUGAUUACAGAAGAAGUGUUUUGACUUUUGAGUCCUUCCAUCCUUUGCUUUCGCCUUUUUGUAAAUUAUGAUGUUAGUUUUAGGAUAUGUGCGGCAUUAAAGGCAUGUAAAAUGGGUGAUUAUCAUGAAUAAUAUUUCAUUAGUUCAUCUUUAGUAAUCAAGAUUUCAUUAACAUCACAAAACUUUUGUAUCAUUGAUAAGAUUAUUUCAUUGCUCUUGUAUCA